CCAGAAUUAGUAAGUUGAAUCGUGAUGGGCGCGACAUGCAUACUAGGACGCACUGGAGGACCCUUCCUGAGGAACGCCGGAGUUCAGACUUGCUAUCUUAUUAACUGUCUAUUGCUUGGAUGAGAAAUACAGCGGGAUUGCACAACGUUUCCUUGGCGCGUCUACGAGUUGCAGCAUUUCAGGCUAAAGGCCCUGCAGCUGGUCCACUCAGCAUACCCCCCAGUUACACACUGUGAACCAGCGCGGACGGGGUCCUCCUUGCAAUGGACGCCGUCCAGCAUUUGCCAAGCCAGACGACCAACGAUGCAGCACAGCCCAGCAGCAGCGGCCGUGUUGGGCCGUCAGGCGCAAUCCAGAAAUUACCAGACUCUGUUCGCGUCACGGUAGCUGUGCGUGUAGCGGAUGGACCGGAGGAUGAAGCAGACGGCUGGCCGGAUGAUGGCGCGCCUGGGCGUAAGCGGGGCGCUGCGCCCCGGAAUCGCUUUAUUGCUGGCAGCGUGCGCGGCACCUUCCAUCCCGACCUUUACAUGGUGCAUCAGGAUUGCAUAACAUACAAAGGGAAGCGCAUCGGUCGCAGCAGGUUCGAGCGGCUUGGCAACUCAAGCAUGGCCAAAUGGUACCGGUCCAUCCGUGUCAUUCAUGACAACGGCGGCCUUGAGCCCCUGGGCGAGUGGCUGAUUCGGCACGGGCUGCCGGUGCUAAAGGGCAGGCACCGGAACAGCCGCAAGCGACCAGCGUGGAUGGCAGACAUGCCGACAGGGACAACGGAUGCCGACGGAGCAGCGGAGGCGGCGACGGCGGCGGAUGAGCAUGCGUGCGCCGCCGCCGACGGCGACGUCGACGCCGAUGGCGGCGGCAGCGACGUCUCCGGGUGCGACGAGUCGCCUUCGACGAUAUGCUCGCCGCCGUCAAGCCGCCGCUGUCGGAGCCGUACGUUCGACGUUGCCGGCGAAGGUGUCGGAGCCGUCAGCUGCGACGACGAUGACAACGGGAUUGCGGAGUUGCGCAAUGUACGGUGCGUUGGUGCCGCCGGCGUUGCUCUUAACCCUACUGCCGCCGCCGCAAGCCAGCUUCAUGGCGCCGCCGCCGGCGUUGCUCCUCCAGAUCCGACGGCGGUGAACCCUUUCGCCGGCGGCCGCAGCAGCAACAGCGGUGUCGGGGCAGCUACAGAAAGCAGUAACGGGAAUGUCACGACGGCAUCUGCAGGGGACCCGUUGGCGAGGGGAGCUGACGGCGCCGGCGAUUGCACCGCCGCCGCCGCGGCCGCCAGCGGGAGGGGUUGCGUCCUGGCGCCCAAAUCAGCGCCGCUCAUCCCGGCUAGCAGGUUCAACAACAACAACAACAGCGGCAGUCUGUUCAGCGGUGGUCAGCAGCCGCAGGCAUGCAGCGAGGUCAUAGCGGGAUGGGCGACACUUUGGGAGGAAAGCGAGGAGGGGUUGGAUUUGGGUGCGGACAAUCGAGGUUGCGGUACCGUCGCUGGCGGCCUCGGCGGCAAUGCCGAAGGCAAGCGUGGCGACUGCGUCGGUUGCGUUGAGGACGCGGCUGAGGAGGCCUUAUGGGAUCUCUUCAAGGACGGCCCCGGACCCAUGGGUCAUGGCGACUUGCUGUUGGGAGGCCUCACUGACGUCCGUAACACCCGCGGCAUCUCCGGUGCUCCGGCCUUUUCCGCCACAGUCGGGCUGCCGCUUGACGUUACCGGUGGCGUGCCCACACUCGCAUCGUCCCUCAUGGCCGUGGCCCCCACAGCCUUGAUGAUUCCGGAACCCCUGGGCGAUUCCGUUCCCAACAGCACCACCAGCUACGGCCGCGGCUGCGGUGGCAGCGGCUUGUUGGGCGCCGCUGCUGCCGCCGCCGCUUGCGCUGCGCCUUGGUCCCAGGGUUCAAUUCCCACCGCCGCAUCCACGGAAACCUACCUGCCCCUCACACCCUAUGCGCUGGGUGCGCCCCAGCAGCGUAGCAGCUUCCGAGCCAGCAUACAGUUCCCGCAAGCCGCACCCAUGCAACCGCAACAGCAGCAGCAGAAGCCCUGGCAGCAGCAGCCACAGCAGCAGCAACAACAACAACAGCACCCGGGAUCUGCAGCAGGAACAGCAGUAGCGGUGGCAACAACUACCUCGGUCACAUUUGCUUCCGUCCUCACUCCCACAGGCAGCACCGGCCUUAACACCGCCACCACCACCGCAACAGCAACACCCCCAUCCCAGCAGUUGCAGCGCCAGGUCUCUGUAGCUAGCACCUGCCGCCUAAACUCGGGGGACUUGAGCCGCCUGGCGGAGUGCUACAUUUCCGCUUCCCUCUCGCAUAAGCGCUUACGCAUGCCGAGUGCCUGGAUGCAUACCGCCGGGGGCAACGGCAGCACUGACACUGCCCUAGCAGCUGCUGCUGCUGCUGCUGCUGCUCAGCAACCGCUCAGCAGCCUUGCAAGCUGGCAGCAACAGCAGCAGCAGCUGCUUGGUGCUGGGAAUCCAGCGGUGUCAGGAGCCCUGUUGCAGCAAGCGGUGGCGACACGCCCGGUGGAUGCGGCGGCGAUACCCAUGGCGGUGGCGCCAUCGGACGCGAGCAGGGGGCUGUUCUUGCAGCCGCUUUACCACCACCAGCAGCAGCAGCAGGCAAGACACAGACAGCAUACGCGGCACACCGCUACGGGGGUGCUUGCCGCCGGAAACGCCCCGGGGAGCGUGUUCGGUGGGGCUGCCGGCAGUAAUAAUGCUGCGGAGAUGGUCAUGGGCGGAGGUGGGGUUGGUGGAAUCGACGGUGGGAGGUGCAGGAGUGCGGCCUGGGCUCCCCGUGGGUGCAGCAUUGGCGGCUUCGACAGCAACAACAACAACAACAGCGGCAUUCACAAGAGCAUCAGCGAGAACUGGGCGCGAGUGAUGGGAGAUGCAGGGGAAGCGGCAGGGCAGGGCGCGCAGCUGGACGACGGUUUUGACCCCUACAUGGUGCUGCUGUCUCGGCAGACGUCGUGCGUUCGGCUGUGCGAUGUGCGGCUGGAAGCUGGCGGCGGCGACGUCGAGGGGCAGCAGCAGCACCAACAGGCCCAUACCGGUAACAUGAGCAAUAACGGUAACGGCACGUCCGCGAUGCAAUGCAGCGCAGGCUUGGAUUGGCAAAACAGUGUGGGUAUCAACGACGACAUCAGCCAUGGCGGGGUGGGGGCGCCAGUGAUCGGGCGAACGACGGGGCCGGUGACGAUGAAUGGAGCGGCGGCAGCAGCAGCGAUGGCUGUGCAAUGCGCGCCGCCUGGUGAGUCGCGCCGCUAUGAAACGCUAUUGUCCAGGAACGCAUCAUGCGUCCGUUUGUGCGACGUCGUCUCAGUGGCGGAGCCGCUUUCAAACUCUGCUGCUAUAAUGGCCGGGGACGGGAGCGCCCCAUGGGUCAGUGCUGCUGGUCGUCAUGCUCCGACCCAUGGGUCCGUAAGGAAGAGGAGUAUCCUCCUUUCCGACACGAUGGCCGACGGAGGUGUCCCAUGGGUCGGUCGGCCGUUGUUUCACGGGGCUCCCCCUCAGGACGCAGCGACGGCGGCCGCACCAGCGCCAGCGUUAGCUCCUGGCGCCUCGGCGGUGACACCUCUCAGUGUGGCCGGGUUCCCUGCCGUACAACUACCCACCUCCGCCGCUGCCGCCUCCGCCACCGCCGCUGCAGCUGCCGCCGCUGCCGCCCAUUCUGGUCCGUUGCGUCAGUCGUAUACCACCACCAGUCACAACCUAUGGUCCUCCCGUUCACAAGGCGGCUCAUACUCCCUGCAUCCCCACCACCAACACCACCACCAACAGCAGCAGCAGCAGCAACCGACGCAUGCUCCGUACGCUGUGCAGUACGGCCAGCAUCUCGCACCGCUGUCGUACCAGCAACAACUCACUGCGAUUCAACAACAAGACCAGCCCGGAUCAGCCACGCUGCUGUCCCAACACGGCUUCAUGCCAAAUGACAUAGGAUAGGCAGCUGCUGUGCUAGCGGGUGCAGCCAAGAUGUCCAGUUGCAGCAGUCCCCUUCGCUGCUUUAACUACUCGUGCAUAAACCACCUCCGUCGGCGCAGACGGCGUGCGGUGCGGCUUGGGUUGUUUUUGCCGAUGCCUCUGCUGCCGAUGUGUUCUGUCGCUUCUGUCAGGGCGCCCAGGCGCCUGUUUGACCCGGUUGAGCAACCCACAUCAAUGAUGACGCCGGCGUACCGGGUGUACAGGCGCCUGUGGCGUAAGGCCGCUUCAUGGCAUACACAUAUAGGCCCAACACAGCAGCUAAACCGUGUGCUGGGCUAUGGUAGCUCCGGAAUAGCGAUGGUUGUUGAUGCUGGUGCUGUGAGGCGUUGGUGGUUGUUGGAAGGGGAGGAGGUUGACGUCCUCGGGUCGCGCUGGUAUGCAGUUGCUGCUGCCUUCCUGUGCGGGAGCCGGCGCUCCUGAGGGGGGCUUUUUCAUCCGUUUCUUGCUUGUUAGAGAACAACAUAAGUUUUAUACUGUCUGCUUCUAUUAUAGCGUCAGACUGUGUCAGUGUUAUCUUGCCAUAUGUAUAGAUGUUGUUCAUUUUCAAAAACGCGUGGGGUAUGGGGAUCGUGGUAUAUUUAUUGGUGUGUCUGUGACUCUUUACGUAGUACGGAAUUUACGUUAUACAGAGUGAGUGUUCGUACGACACAUGGAAGGGCGGUUGGGCGUGCCAAUGUAUCCCACCGCCAUGCAUUACAGCUCUCAAUACAUAUGAGGGGAAGCAGGCGGGCAGGCGGAGGUUGUAGUUAGUGGGUUUAAUUCCGUCCAAUUCUGACGCGGGCUUGGUUGGCUUGCGCUUGGUUUGGCUCGGUUGUUGCCGUGCUUCAAUCCAGCUGCUGCAAUCCACAAUGGCGUCAGGCGGUAUGUGAAAUGCCGGGGCGCAUCGUAGCGGUUUGCAUGGGUGGGUUAAGGAAACUGGUCGCGAGUCGGAACGUACUGUGAUUGCCGGAAGAUGAGUAAUGGCAUGGCUGGGACCAUCACGAUAUCAAGCCAUCAAGCGCGAUUAACGGCCAUCCUGAAAAGCCCCUUUAAUGGGCGUUCGGAUGUGGGAAGGGGCAUGCAUGCGUGGCUUGAAACACGCCGAUCGAGCCGCAAGGUUAGGGGGCGCAUGCGUUAGUGGAAACGAUGAAGUAUCGGUGUAGGAGCUGGACGUUGAUGACUAGGUGGGUUGGGGAAGAAGGGGGGUUGUGCAAUGCUCAAACACCUGCGUUGCCUGGCGCGUGUCAGGUAGUGGCAUUUGUUGCGGUUGUGCGAAUGCAUGUGUUCAGAUAACUGCUGGCCGCGAGUUGGAACGCACCGGUACUGUGCGUGUGUGUUGCGGCGGUGACAGAGCUUCUGCGAUACUGUAUGUACCGCCUGCGUCCACGCGUGUUUAGAUUGAUCUGGAAGACCUUGCGUGCGUGCGUGCAUGUGUGUGCGAAGAUAAAACCUUUUGCGUGCGUGCAUGUGUGUGUGUGUGUGAAGAUAAACAAUUUUGCGUGCGUGCGUGCCACAAAGGAGAACAUGCUGUGUGUUAAGGACACAAUGUGUGUGUCUGUGUGCUGAGCAACUGAGGUAGGCAGGGUAAAGGGGAAGUAGCUGUAUGCCGGACAUGGCUGCAUGAGUGGGGAGGUUGAGCCCGUGUGUGCAGGGGUGCGGUUCCUGAGAUGGGGGGGGGAGAUGUGGCGGAGGGCCACGUAUUUGAUGUAGGGGUCAUGUGUGUGUUAAUAUAAUAACUGGCUGCGAGGAGGAACGUACUGUGAUUGCCGGAAGAUGAAGUGUGUGUGGGGGGGGGAGGCGGAAGAUACGGAAAUGAAGAAACUUGGAACCAAAACCCAACCCUACCUAAGGCCCUAGCCCCAAGUCUUGAGGGGUCCAGAAAGCCAGAGGGCGGCAUAGGGCCUCCUUUCUCUUUCCUAUCGAAAUAUCUACCGUUGGCUGCUACUGUUAAUGACUGGGCGCGUGGGCGGGAACAGCGGGCUGCUUGCAGUGUCCGCGCACCUUGUCGUACUUAUGAAUUGUGGGCAUCGGGUUUGAGCCUUUUCGAAAGAGGGUUUCUUGGCAUGUUUAUAGCUUUUGCUACGAAAAAGACACUGCUGACUACUUGCUGUGCGUGUCAGCCAGUUGUCCUUACUCCAAGGUCGUUGUCAAUCGGUUUUGCAUCCGGUAAAUUUCAGACAAUUAUGCUGUUGCCUUGCUGUUGUCGCUUUGUGCUGCGCUUCUCGUGCUCCUGCAUUAGCAGCAGCAUACGUGUAACUCGAAGAUUUUAAACUUUGACGGUUCUGUCGGAAUGGAUUCAGUUAGUUGCGGAUCUUGUUACUUCUGUUUUACCUCCGUUGCCGUUUCAAAGAACUUUUUCUGGAUUCAACCUAGUUGUGGGGUCGCCUUUUGGUUAUAACUCUCAAUUGCUAAGAGCUGCGUUGACAGAAUGCUCCCAAAAACCAGCCAACGUAUUUGCUACUAUUGGGCGGAGUGCGAAGGGGGUCGCAAGUAUUUGAAGAGCGGAAGCGAGGAAGCGAAGGUCAAGUUGGAAUCGUAGGGGGGCACUGUUGACGGAGGGAGGGCUGGAUGGGAAAUUAAGAUAAAUGCAACAACGGAGGGGGAUGAGGCAAGACUCUUAGCAGGCGGCUGGGUGACUUAAACCAUGGUGACGUGACAUUGUCCCUGGCACGUUCUUAGUGACGUACGGCUGCAACUACGCGGCUUACUUCAUAAAACUCUAAUACAGCUGGGCUUUGUUAUCACGCUGGCACUCGGGUGUGCAAACGUCUAUCCUUGAAUGACUGAAAGGAAUGACCGAUAUUACAGUGAUCCCAAAUCGAACGGCAGUGGAAAGCGGACGAUACCCCACACAGCAGCAUCCACCU